GACAAAUGUAAAGAAAAUGUAAUUGUUUAUUCUCGUGUAUAUAUUUGAGAAGAUACAUGCUGCAACAGCUAUGCCUAUCUAGCAUCCUUUUAUCAACAAAGCCUGUGCCAAAUCUCUCUCUCUCUCUCUCUCUCUCAAGAUCUGAAAUCACUCUGAUGGAGCAGAGAAAGGAGAAAAAUGCUCCUUGGUUAUCAGUGCCACAGUUUGGGGACUGGGAUCAGAAGGGACAAGUGCCGGACUACUCGCUAGAUUUCUCUAAAAUUCGGGAAACGAGGAAGCAAAACAAGACAAAUAUUUCAAGGGCAAGUCUUGGUAACGAAGAGGAGCUCACGGCUUCUGCCACUAACAAUGCAAACACUGUCCACAGUGAUGAGCACCAGCACCCCCACUACAACCAAACCAACUCUCCAACUUCCAGGAGGAGCUUCCUGAGCUACUUCAACUGCUGCGUAAAAGCUUGAUUCUCAAGGGAAUCUAGAACCUUUUCGUGUCUGCCUAACCUCAUGGACAGGGACAAUAAUUAUGGUUUUGCGCUUGGUGAUCAUUACUUCGCACUUGUUUUUUAUUUAGGAAAGCAAAUGUUUCAUUUAAGCCAUAAUCUUCAAUAGUGAUUCUAUUACGCUUCCGUCUUAGUUUGAAAUUUUUGUAUUUAAUUAGAGGUAUAAAGAUGGUAAGCAUGUAAAUGGCGCGUAGGACUGUAAGCCAGCUCCAAAAUACGAUGAAUUAAUCCAGCAAAGUAAUGCUGUUGACCUUGAAAUUUCCUUUGCUCUUGUUCCUCGAUUAACUAUUCAGUCUGGAGUUGAAUGCUUACAAUUAGGUCGGACUUGUAAUGGUCUUCAA